AUGGCGCCGCCCCCGAGCACCAGCGCCCCCGACGGCGGCCUGGAUCCCAGGGACGUGUGCGUCGUCGGCGUCGCCCGCACGCCCAUCGGCGCGCUGCUCGGCUCCCUCUCCUCCCUCCCGGCCACCAGGCUCGGCUCCGUCGCCAUCCAGGGCGCUCUCCGGCGAGCCAGCGUCGACCCGGCGCUGGUGCAGGAGGUGUUCAUGGGCAACGUCCUCAGCGCCAACCUCGGCCAGGCCCCCGCCAGGCAGGCCGCCCUCGGCGCCGGCCUGCCCAACACCGUCCCCUGCACCACCAUCAACAAAGUCUGCUCCUCGGGGAUGAAGGCUGUCAUGCUCGCGGCGCAGUCGAUUCAGCUGGGGAUCAACGACGUCGUGGUCGCCGGCGGCAUGGAGAGCAUGUCCAAUGCCCCCAAAUACGCUGCAACGGCAAGGCGAGGGUCGCGGUUUGGGCAUGAUGUCCUCAUCGACGGGAUGCUCAAGGACGGGUUGUGGGAUGUGUAUAAUGAUUUCCAUAUGGGGAUGUGCGCUGAGCUGUGUGCUGAUCAGCACUCCAUUACAAGGGAGGAGCAGGAUGCUUAUGCCGUCCAGAGCAAUGAGCAUGGAAUAGCAGCUCGAGACAGCGGCGCGUUUGAUUGGGAAAUUGUUCCGGUUGAAAUUCCUUCUGGUAGAGGCAGACCACCAGUUGUAGUUGACAAGGAUGAGAGUCUUGCAAAGUACGAUCCAGUGAAGCUGAAGAAACUUGGACCGGCUUUUAAGAAGAAUGGCGCUGUAACUGCCGGCAAUUCUUCUAGUAUAAGCGAUGGUGCUGCUGCAAUUGUGCUGGUCAGUGGGGAGAAAGCCAAGAACCUUGGCCUUCAAGUUCUUGCGAGGAUCAGAGGGUACGCUGAUGCUGCUCAGGCACCUGAGCUAUUUACAACAACUCCAGCUCUUGCUAUCCCAAAGGCUAUAUCAAAUGCAGGUCUCCGAGAUUCACAAAUAGAUUAUUAUGAGAUAAAUGAGGCUUUUUCGGUUGUUGCAGUGGCAAACCAGAGACUUCUUGGCAUCUCUCCUGGAAAACUGAAUUUAAGUGGUGGCGCUGUUUCCCUGGGCCAUCCUAUUGGUUGCAGUGGUGCACGAAUCAUAGUCACCUUGCUCGGGAUUCUUAGACAGAAACAGGGCAAGUUUGGGGUUGCCGGGGUGUGCAACGGCGGGGGUGGUGCUUCAGCCAUCGUCGUAGAGUCAUGCAGGCAAUCUUCGUCGCGCCUACGUUCCUCGCUGUGA